ACCACCCCACUUCCAAGGGAAGUAUGAUUCUUGGUUCGCAUGACAGCGAUAGAGAAAAUAUGGGAUGGUUUGUUAAACCAAAGCAUGAGGAGCGAGGCUACAUAUGUGAGAUAUCAGUCGUUGACAGAUGUUUGCUAUUUCCAUGUCAUAAUUCGGGAACUUGCACACAAAUUGGUUGUCAAAGAAAGUGCGACUGCAUGUGGGGUUAUACGGGAGAAAAUUGUGAAAAUAGAGUUUCACAGAUUUCUUGCUUCCAGUCAGGAAUUUCAAUUCAAUGGAAUCGAGAAAAUUACAAGAUGGGAAGAGUGUAUAAACUUCAUCUGGAGGAUUUGAUGUCUAAGACGACCAAAGCAACAAACGUGCAAAUCCUAGUGACUGGUGAAGCAUCAAUAACUAUCGGGAAUGUAUCCGAACCGACACCGAUUCACUGCGUCUCAAGCACUCGUCUUUCCAUAUCACCCAAUAAAUAUAUUCUUGUGGAUCUAUGAGUAGCUCGGAUUAGAAUGUCUUUGAAAUCCGUUGCU